AUGUCGGGAACCAUUGACGACGUCGUUAAGCGACUGAGCACAGCAGACAUAGAUGCUAGACUCAAAUUGGAGGCUGCAACCGCGUUGCGCGAUAGCCUCGAUCACUACACUGGCGGACAUUAUUAUACUCCUUUCCUUAAGAGGUUGAUGCCCAUCUUCAUCAAUAUUCUUCGUGGACCAUGUAUUUUCCAGAGCAGCUCACCUGAUCAGAAACUCCGUCACUGCAUCUUGGAGAUUCUCCAUCGAAUGCCCACCGCGCCGUCGUCACCAGAGCCGUUCGAGCCCUAUGCUGAAGAGGUUGUUGAUCUCCUCUUGCAGCUUGUGCGCACCGACAAUGAAGAAAACGCUAUAUUGUGUGUCAAGGUCGCCUCGGAUGUUAUGCGCCACCAACACAAAGUUCUUCAAGGAAAGGUUCAGCAGUUCUUAUCCCUGAUACAAGAGCUUUUCGAGCAAAUAGAAAAGGUUGUGAGGGAACAGCUCGACAAUGCUAGCCCUUCUGCCCUGUCUCAGGCUGGUGCACCAUCCACGCCAGGUGGUUCGCAAACCAACUUUCAGUCUCCGCGGCCCGGUUCUCCUGUGGCGUCUGUAUCAGAUCUCGGCGUUGAUCCUCAACAACAAAAUCGCCCAUUAUGUAAAGGGAUGCAGUCCUUCAAAGUCUUGUCAGAAUGCCCCAUUAUUGUCGUGUCAAUCUUUCAGAUCUAUAGGGCUUCCGUCCAACUUAACGUCAAAGCAUUCGUACCCUUGAUAAAGCGGGUGCUCCUUGUUGAGGCAAGCGCCCAAAAACAGGCUCAUGCCGACGCUGCAGCCAAAGGUCAAGUUCACACCGGUGUCAGCCAGGGCAUCAAAGCAGAGCAACGAGCUGCGUAUGGGGACUUCAUCACGGCUCAGGUCAAGACGAUGAGCUUUCUAGCAUACUUGCUGCGACAGUACUCGUCACAGCUUUCUGAUUUCUUGCCCGGCUUGCCUGAUGUUGUGGUUCGUCUCUUGAAGGACUGUCCGCGAGAAAAGUCCGGCACCAGAAAAGAGCUCCUGAUCGCCAUUCGGCACAUUAUUAACUAUAAUUUCCGCAAGAUAUUCCUCCCCAAAAUUGUUGAGCUCCUUGACGAACGAACCCUGACAGGCGAUGGCUUGACUGUUCAUGAGACAAUGAGACCACUGGCAUACAGCACGCUCGCCGACCUUAUUCACCAUGUACGCGACUUGCUCGGCCCCGAGCACAUACGCAAGACGGUCUUGGUAUACACCAGGAACUUGCAAGAUGAUUUUCCUGGCACCAGUUUUCAAACCAUGAGCGCAAAACUGUUACUCAAUAUGGCCGAGUGCAUUGCCAAAUUGCCCAACAAAGUUGACGCACGACAUUAUCUCAUGAUAAUCUUGAACGCCAUUGGGGACAAGUUCGCUUCAAUGAACCGAGAAUAUCCAAAUGCCGUCAAGAUCUCGAAACAGUAUCAACAAGCAGAUGCUGGCGCCCCCGACUCUUAUCUUGCCGACAAGGAGACACAACCAGACUGGGACGAGACGGACAUUUUUUCUGCCGUGCCGAUAAAGGUACACAACCUGAAAGAUCGAGGAGCGGAUCCGGUCAUCGACAACAAAUUCCUUUUCCGCAACCUUAUGAAUGGCCUCAAGAACACAUUCUACCAGCUGAGAACUUGCAACAUUGGCACCCCAAUCGAUCCUCAGAAUGCGCCUUCGCAUUGGCAGGAUGUAUCCUAUGGCUUCACCGCAGAGGAGGUCAACAUCAUCAUCAAGCUGUUUAGAGAGGGUGCUUACGUAUUCCGGUACUACGAAAUCGAGAAGCCCGCGACCGAGUCUCAGUACAUGUCUCCUGUAGAAUACAUGGCAAAUUUCUACAUGGUAUCCAGCACCAAAGAAGAAAAGGACUUGCUGGAGACGUUUGCGACCGUUUUUCAUUGCAUCGACCCUGCGACGUUUCAUGAAGUAUUCCAGCAGGAGAUUCCACGACUUUACGAUAUGAUAUUUGAGCAUACAGGUUUAUUACAUAUACCCCAGUUUUUCCUUGCCAGCGAGGCCACUUCGCCUAGUUUUUGCGGUAUGCUGCUUCAGUUUCUCAUGGACCGGAUAGACCAAGUCGGUUCUGCAGAUGUCAAGAAAUCAUCCAUCUUGUUGAGGCUUUUCAAGUUGGCAUUCAUGGCCGUCACUCUCUUUGCCGGACAGAACGAGCAGGUUCUGUUACCCCAUGUCGUCAACAUUGUUACCAAGUCUAUCGAACUGUCGACAAAGGCCGAGGAGCCCAUGAACUACUUCCUCUUGCUGCGGUCAUUGUUCAGGAGCAUCGGAGGAGGCAAAUUCGAGCAACUGUACAAGCAGAUUCUGCCUCUUUUGGAGAUGCUGCUCGAUGUCCUCAACAACCUCCUCAUGGCUUCCAGGCGGCCAUCCGAAAGAGAUUUGUACGUUGAGCUUUGCCUUACCGUUCCAGCUCGUUUAAGCCACCUCCUUCCCCAUUUGAGCUUCCUGAUGCGCCCCCUGGUUGUUGCACUGAGGGCUGGUACGGAUCUGGUCGGCCAAGGCCUGCGAACACUGGAACUCUGUGUGGACAAUCUUACGGCCGAUUAUCUGGAUCCUAUCAUGGCACCCGUCAUUGACGAACUCAUGACGGCUCUCUUCAAUCAUCUUCGACCCCACCCUUAUAGUCACUUCCAUGCGCACACGACGAUGCGAAUUCUAGGCAAACUCGGUGGGAGAAAUCGCAAAUUCAUGAGCUGUGCUGUUCCCCUCACCUACAAAGGAUACGCAGACGAUUCAUCCAGCUUCAAUAUGCGCCUGGUUGCCUCCAAAAAGGACCGAGCCUUUCCGGCCGACUUGGGCAUUGAUUCUGCCAUCCAGAAACUCAUGGAAGCCCCAAAGAUUGGCAAAAACAGCCAGAGUUUGCGUCUUUACGAUGAUUACUACAAAAAGCAAUCCCUACAUUUCAUCGUGGCACAGGUGAAGCUUCGAAUCGGUUAUGAUCAGCUACCCGAGGACCUCGCCAGAGUCGUACGACUGCAGGCCCAGGACCUAUUGGCCCGCAAAAUUGACAUCAACUUUGCUCCAUUUGAAGUGACGAAUCGCGAGAAGUCAAUUGCCAAGAAGGACGAGCAAGACAGGAUAACUAGGCAGCUGCUGAAAGCAAUCAUGUUUGCUCAGUCUCUUCCAGGCUUCAAGGCUGAGUCGGAUACUUUCCUCAUGGACAUCUGCCGGCAUUUUGCCGUCAUUGAAAUCGGGCGCUCACUGGUGGAUCUGAAGAGGAACUUCAGCCCAUUCGACCCCAAAGCCGGUGAAGGCCCUCUUUCCAUCGACACUCGCGUCCUUUCAGAUGCCAUUGUCGAGUCUCUAGCCUCUGACCAUCCAGAUGUUCGAGAUGCUGCCAAGCGAGCAAUCCGGGAGCUGUAUAAGAGCUCCGCCAUCCUUUUCGGCUCCGAGAGCCAUGUCGGCCGCCUUCCUCUAUUCAGCCACCUGAGCAGCACGUUCUGCCACAGCUGCUAUGAGGAAGAGUGGUUCACGAAAACAGGGGGAAGCCUCGGUAUCAAUUUUCUGCUCACAGAGCUGGAUUUCGGUGACGCUUGGGUAGCGUCGAAACAAAUGGAAUUUAUCCGUGCCCUCAUGUAUGUCAUCAAGGACAUGCCUCAGGACCUACCUGAAAAGACUCGCUGCCUGGCUCAAGCUAGCUUGGAGGUGCUGCUGCAACGCAUCACGAAGAACAUCAAGAAAGAAGAUGCAUUGCCCGUCCAAUCUCAACCGGGACACCCCCCCGUCAAGCAGUCGAGACUGACCCAGAUCUGUAUGCAAUUCAACAAUGAGCUUUCCCACAUGAACAAGUUUGUUCGCGAGACUGCAAGAAGUUCGGUAGAGCUCAUUGCCAAAGCUGCAGGGUGUGAAGUCUGGGAGCUUCUGGAGCCAUACAAGGAGAGGUUCUUGCAGCCGAUUUACUCCAAACCAUUGCGUGCACUUCCCUUUAGUACCCAGAUAGGGUACAUCAAUGCCAUGAAUUACCACAUGGGUCUAAAGAACGAUUGGGUCAAAUUCGACGAAAACCUUAACCGUUUGCUGAUGGAAUCUCUUGCAUUGGCCGAUGCCAAUGACGAGUCGCUCGCAAAUAAGCCCGCCGAGUAUCGCACUCACGAGUACAUUGUCAACCUGCGGGUGUCAUGCAUCAAGCUUUUGAGCACAGCCAUGUCAUUCGAAGAAUUUGCCAAUAACCCAACCAAAGCAAAGAUCUUGACGGUUUUCUUCAAAUGCCUGUAUUCCGAGUCAAAGCCAACCCUUGCUGCUGCAAACGAUGCCCUCAAGUCAGUCCUGGCCGUAGACAGACGCUUACCCAGAGACUUGCUGCAAGGGGGGCUGCGGCCGGUUCUGCAAAGCCUGUCUGAUCCGAAGAAACUCAGUGUUCACGGCCUUGACAAUUUGUCGCGACUCCUCAAGCUGCUGACGAGCUAUUUCAAGGUUGAGAUUGGUGCUCGACUGCUUGACCAGAUUGACUUGAUAGUGGAGCCAGGAGCCUGGCAACAGAUCUCAUUUACAUUCUUUGAGCAGAAUCCUCAGAUGAAGAUCAUCACCUCCAUUUUGAACAUCUUCCACCUGCUCCCCGCGCCCGCUGAAGCUUUCAAGGACCGACUCAUUGAUUGCUUUCUUGGACUCGAGGAGAAGCUCCGGCGAACGAUCCACAGCCCAUUCCGUCAGCCCAUGUACCUAUACCUGAAUCGGUACCCCAAAGAAAUGUGGACUUACCUACUAGGCAGGCUGGACGAGUUCAAGUAUGGAAGGCUGCUUGCCCAGGUCCUCGGGCAUCCUGACAGCGGUCCUUUACGAGAGGCUGCCAUGGAAGGACUGAGUGCCAUGAUUACCAGAUGCAACGCACUGGGGGGCGAUAUCGACGAGAAGAGGGCCAUCUCAGUGGUGAAUGCUGUUCACAUUCUAGACUCUCUGAGUAGGUUCGAAAAUACGAGCUCUUGGAUGGAUAAGAAGGAAAACAUUUCCUGGCUGAAAACCGUGGGAAAAGAGUUGGAGGGGCAACAUGGCAGCGACACUCUGGAUCCCGACCUACGGAUACCUGUUCACCAAGCCGCGGAUCAAGUGACGAAUAUUCUCGUCAAGUCUCUUCAGCGCAACCCGAAGGAUCUUGAUGGAUUGUUCAAUCUUGUCGAGUGUGUGACUAGCAAUGACCUCCGCUCUACUCACUCCUUGUUCGCGUUCAUAUACGAGAAGGUUAUCAGCAAUGACUCGGUAGAGUUCUGGAGAUCGGCCUUCCUGCGUUGUCUGGAUAUUUACUCUAGCAAGUCGUCCUCUAACAAGACAAAGCACUUCUUGCUUCGCUACAUUGCAAAUCCCAUCAUUGCCAUGGAUGUCAUGCGAUAUGGGAACCAGCCUGAGCAGAACAAAUCUUCAAGACUGAUGGAUCGAUCUGUGAUCGAUGCGGUCAGUUCAAAGAUUUGGAAAGUCCACCCUGACAUGUCUCCAGACGACCAGUCGCAACCUGGAAUUGAUCACACUCGUUUUGAAGUAUUACAGCUAUCCGCGAUGCUGGUCAAAUACUACCAUACGGCAUUACAAGAAGCGAGAAAGGAUAUCAUCAAAUUCGGAUGGACAUUCAUCCGCCUUGAAGACGUCAUUAAUAAACAUGCGGCAUACGUGGUCAUCGGCUACUUCAUCGCUCAUUACGAGACACCCCCGAAAAUCGUCAGCCAGGUCUACUUGUCCCUGCUCAAGACAAACCAAAAUGAAGGAAGAGCUUUGGUAACCCAGGCGCUGGAGUUGAUAGCGCCCGUGCUGCCUAAAAGAUGUGGCAGUGGUCCCAAUGAGCGAAACGCAGCUUGGGCCGUGGCACCUCGCCGUAUCUUGGCAGAUGAAGGUCAGAAUGUCCAACAGAUUACGAGCAUUUUCCAUUUCUUGGUCCGACACCCGGAACUAUUCUAUGAUGUCAGAGACAAGUAUGCCGUUCUGCUCAUUACUUCUCUGAGGAAAGUGGCUGCUCCGCCCAAUCCGUCCCACGAUAGUAAGAGGCUGGCUCUCAACAUGAUGUGGCUGAUAUGGACAUGGGAGCAAUGGCGUGUUGAAGGCAAGACAACUUCUUCUGUUGCAACUAGAGACAUGUCCGAGUCGCCAAAAUCGAGAAAGAGAAAGUUGGAUGGCGACCAAGCCAUGUCCUCGCCCCCUACAGCUAGACAAUCUGCUUCCGGAGAUCGGAGCGACUACCAAAUUCCGCCUGUUGUCAGACAGAAGAUGAUCAAGUACCUUGUCGAAUUCGUUGCGCAGCUCAACGAGAGAUACAAACUUCCUUACGCCAAGCCUCGAGAACACAGCGCAUCCAUGCCCUUACCUCCGUCGAGCUUUGAUCUCUGCAAGAAGUCCAUGACCCUUCUCUUCAACCUGAUGCAGCCGCAUUAUUGGGGCGACCUGGAUUUUGACCUGUUCCCUAACGUCACAGAUGUUAUUCUUGGCAGCGAGAAGACGCACACUGUCCUUCAUGCUGACCCAAGUGACAAGGAAAAGUACGACGAGAAGUUUUUCACAAGCAUCGUCAAUACACUGCAAGUCGUGCGUAUUAUUCUAAAUUUCAAGUCGGACGAUUGGAUUCAGAAGAACUUUGCGGCCGUGCAAAAGGUUCUGGAAAAGUGCUUGAAGUUUGAGAAUCCGGAAAUCCAAGACUGCUUGCAUCUGGCCGACAAGGAAUAUGACGAUGGCCGAGAGCUCAGACCCAUCAUCCAACGGAUUCUUGAUGCUGUUCCCGAGGACGCGCCGAUGGAAGACGCCGAUGCAGAUGGUGAGGCUGAGGUCCAAACUUCGGAAAUUAUUUCCUACGUCUCGCGAGCUGCUACGGAAGCUAUGAACAGCAACUCCUAUAUUUCCGGCGUGAGCUUGCUUUGGUCGCUUGGGAACCGGAAACCGGCCGUCAUUGAUCAGCAUAUUACCGCCCUGAUGAAAGCUUUGCAGAGCAAGCACGCACGUGAACAUGUCCAGCAUUAUAACGCCGCGGCGACACAAGCUGCGAAUCAGAACAAUAGGACACAAGACGGCGCAUCAUCUCCAGGGGAGAUGUCUAGUUAUGAUCUGGAAGUUCAGACCAAGCUCAUGAUUAAGGAAAUACAAACCGUUGCGCUACGCAUGGAAACGCUUGGCGACAACAGGCGACCGUUUCUUAGCGUCCUGGCCACACUGGUGGAGAAGUCGAUGCACAUUGAGCUUUGCACGGAGAUUUUAAACAUGGUGGAAGGCUGGGUGUUCCGAUCAGAAGGUACCUGGCCAACGCUGAAAGAGAAGACGGCCGUCCUGCACAAGAUGUUGUCCUUUGAACAUCGCGCUGAUCCCACCAUGCUCUCAAAAUUCCUCAACCUGGUUAUUCGCAUUUACGAAGAUCCCAAGAUUACUCGUACCGAACUUACCGUUCGAAUGGAGCAUGCUUUCCUCAUCGGCACCAGGGCCGCCGACGUGGAGAUGAGGAAUCGAUUCAUGGCCAUUUUUGACAAGAGUCUGUCGAAAACUGCCAGCAUCCGCCUGGCCUAUGUCUUGUGCUCACAGAAUUGGGAUACACUUGCUGACUCUUAUUGGUUAGCCCAAGCCUCCCACUUGUUGCUCGGCGCGGUUGAGAUGCAUACCGGCAUCCAGCUGCACCAAGACGACUUUAAAGUAAUCUCGGCUUCGCAGCUGGCCGCCGUGUACCUCAGAGAAAAGGAUACAAGAGAUCCAAACAUGAUGCCCGAUGAUAAGUUUGAGUCAUUCAUGGCUCGCCACCGUCGCUUUGUUGCCGAGCUGGGAGAUGUCAAGGUGCGGGACAUAAUCGAGCCGCUCAUGCAACUGCAGCAUGUCGACAGCCAAUUGGCACAUCAACUAUGGGUCACGAUUUUCCCCUUGUAUUGGUCGGCCACGGUGAAGGAUGAGCGAGCUGAUCUUGAACGCGGUAUGGUUGCGCUCUUGACAAGAGACUAUCACAGCCGUCAGAUUGAUAAGCGACCGAACGUCGUUCAGUCACUUGUCGAGGGAGCCGCAAAGACUUGGCCCGAGUGCAAGAUGCCUCCACACGUGUUGAAGUUUGAGGCCAAGACGUACGAUGCCUGGUACACCGCUCUCGUUCAGCUCGAAAACGCAGCCAUCCAACCGGAAAUUGAGUCUCCUACUGUGAGGGAAAGCAACCUGGAUGCUCUCGUUGAGCUCUAUGCUUCAUUGCAAGAGGAUGAUUUGUUCUACGGAACAUGGCGCCGCCGGUGUCAGUUUGUGGAGACAAACGCCGGCCUGUCGUACGAACAAAACGGCAUGUGGGACAAGGCUCAAAAGCUCUACGAGAAUGCGCAAAUCAAGGCCAGAACUGGCGUCAUCCCGUUCUCGCAAGCCGAAUACAUGCUUUGGGAGGACCACUGGGUAUUGUGCGCGCAAAAGCUGCAGCAGUGGGAGAUUCUGCAGGAUUUCGCCAAGCACGAAAACUUUCAAGAUCUGCUCCUCGAGUGCGCCUGGCGCAACACGGACAUGUGGCAGGAUGCGCAGCACCGCGAAGCCUUGGAUAAUGUCAUUAAAGGCGUCAUGGAUGCGCCGACUCCCAGGAGGGCAUUCUUCCAAGCGUUCAUGUCUCUACUCAAGUACCACAACCAACAAGAAUCUGGCAACGAUUUUGCGAGGGUUUGCGACGAGGCGAUACAACUCUCGAUUCGAAAGUGGCACCAACUGCCAGAGCGCUUGACUAACGGUCACAUUCCUUUGCUGCAGAACUUCCAGCAGCUGGUUGAGCUGCAUGAUGCGAGUGUUAUCUGCCAAAGUCUGGCCAACACCAAUUCCUCCAACCUGGACGUCAAGUCGGGCGAGCUCAAGCUCCUUCUUGGCGCGUGGCGGGAUCGUCUCCCAAACGUGUGGGAUGAUAUCACGGCAUGGCAAGACUUGGUCACGUGGCGACAACAUAUUUUCAGCUUGAUCAAUCAGACCUACCUUCAACUGCUCCCCCCGCAAAACCAGCAGAAUGCUGGUGGCGCGUCUUCGUUUGCUUAUCGCGGAUACCAUGAGACCGCCUGGAUCAUUAACCGAUUCGCCCAUGUCGCGCGCAAGCACAGUCUCCCGGAAGUGUGCAUCAGCCAGUUGAGCCGCAUUUACACGUUGCCCAACAUUGAGAUUCAAGAAGCUUUCCUCAAGCUCCGCGAACAGGCGAAGUGCCACUACGAGAACCCCGAAGAGCUUUCGAGCGGCUUGGACGUCAUCAACAACACCAACCUGAACUACUUUAACCCUCAGCAAAAGGCCGAGUUCUACACCUUGAAGGGCAUGUUCCUUGAAAAACUCAACCAGAAGGACGAGGCGGACUCAGCCUACGGAACGGCUCUGUACUUUGAUAUAGGCGCAGCCAAAGCAUGGGCUGAAUGGGGCUACUUUAAUGAUCGGAAGUUUAAGGAAGAUCCAUCGGACCUGAACGCGGCAAGGCAAGCGCUCACAUCCUACCUGCAGGCAGCCGGAAGCUACAAAAAUGCAAAAUCUCGCAAACUUCUGGCUCGCAUCCUAUGGCUGCUCAGCCUAGACGACUCCAAGGGCACAAUCGCGAUGGGUUUCGAUGACUUCAAGGGCGAGACCCCCGUCUGGUACUGGAUCACGUUCAUACCUCAGCUCCUCACCGGACUAGGGCACAAGGAAGCGCCUCGGGUGUAUCAUAUCCUUUUGAGCAUCGCCAAGUCGUAUCCUCAGGCCCUGUACUUUCAACUCCGCACCAACCGCGAAGACAUGAACCUCAUCAAGAAGAACCAGGAAGCCAAGGAGAGAGCUAGGCAACAGCGCGCCCAAUCCAUUGCCUCAAACGGAAAGCCGAGCUCCUCGCCAGCCCCCAGCAAGGCUGAGCCGCUCAGGACCGAGGCAGGUGCAUCCCGACCAGGCACCGCCACAGAAGGCGAGGCUUCAGGCCUGUUAAAGUCCGAAGUUGGCGACUCCAACACGGUCAGUUUAAGCACCCCGGCCGCGAUGAACGCGCCGACGCCGACGCCGGCUGCGGCUGCCAGCGGACAGAAGCACGACCAGACGCCAGGGCCGAAUCCGAACCCUACUCUGAACCAGAAGAAGAUGCCAUGGGAACUGACGGAGGAAAUAAUGUCGGUUCUCAAAACGGCUUUCCCAUUGCUGGCCCUGUCUAUGGAGACCAUGGUGGAUCAGAUCCAGAAGCACUUCAAGUGCCCUCCCGACGAGGACGCAUACAGACUCAUAGUGGCCCUGCUCAACGACGCGCUGACCUAUGUCAGCCGGACCCCUGCCUCGUUCGCGAAGAGCGUCAAGCUCCCGGCGGCAACUGAGACUAACAUUACCAGGUUCGCCGAGACAAUCCUGCCAAACCACAUUAAGAAGUCGUUUGAAGCGGAUUUUGUCGACGUCAAGCCGACCAUGUACGAAUACAUCCACAAACUUCGACGGUGGCGGACAAAGUUUGAAGAGAAGCUGGAUCGUCGUGUUUCUCACGCGCCUCUGGAGGCCUUCUCCCCGCACCUCAGCGAAUUCAGGUACCAAAAAUUCGACGAGGUGGAGAUUCCUGGGCAGUACCUCCAGCACAAGGAUAAGAACCAGGACUUCAUCCGGAUCGAGAGGUUCUUGCCAAACGUGGAUCUGGUGCGGUCGUACAGCUCAUCGUACCGACGACUCAAGAUGCGAGGCCACGACGGCAGCGUGCACUCGUGGGCGGUGCAGCACCCGGCAGCCAGACACUGCAGACGAGAGGAGCGGAUUUUGCAGCUGUUUAGGCAUUUGAACCAGACGUUGAGCCGGAAGAAGGAGAGUCGAAGACGCGAUCUUCAGUUUACCUUGCCCUUGAUGGUACCUUUGGCACCACAUAUAAGAAUUGUGCAGGAGGAUACCUCGUACGUCACAUUGCAGGCGGUUUACGAAGAUCAUUGUCGGCGAAUGGGAUUGUCAAAAGAUGAGCCGGUCUUGUUCACGCUGGAGAAACUACGCGGCGUGCUGGAAAGCAAGAGUUCGCAGGGCAAGCCUGAACUCACGCCGCCGGCAAGGUUGGAGGUUUUCAAUGCUGUGCAGGCAAAGUGGGUUCCGUCGACAAUAGCUCUGGAAUACUUCCAGCAGGCGUUUCCCCAGUUUGCCGAGUUUUGGCUCUUUAGGAGGCAAUUUUCGUACCAACUCGCGUCGUUGACGUUCAUGACGUACAUUUUGUACAUGCACAACCGAUACCCUGCCAAGCUGAACAUUGCUCGCGGGUCCGGCAACAUCUGGGGAUCGGAGCUCAUGUCGUUUAUGAGCGCGUCCAAGCCAUUUUUCCACAACCCAGAGCCAGUGCCGUUCCGAUUGACGCCAAACCUGCAGGUGCUCAUGGGGCCGCUGGCAACGGAGGGUAUCUUUGCCUGCUCGCUGAUGGCAAUUGCCCGCUGCCUCACAGAGCCCGAGCACGAGCUGGAACAUGCGCUCACGCUUUUUGUGCGGGACGAGAUGAUUUUCUGGCUGACCAGCAGCCACAGAAACGGAAUCAGCGAGAGCCAGCUACGGGACUCUGUUCAGGUGAACAGCGACUCGAUUGUCAAGCGUGCGGCCAGUCUUGCGCACAACCCAUCUGGCAACCUGCCGGCAAACCAGACGGUGAUUGAUGCGAUUGCAAAGGCUGUGAACCCGAUGAAUUUAGCGCAGUGCGACGCGCUGUGGAUGCCGUACCUGUGA